CCGCCCUCAUCUCCUCAUCUGAUCCGUGAUUCUGCGUUCGACAAGCCACGAUGAUGAUUCUCCUUAAUCGAGGAUGCAGAACGAUGCCGCUGUGCCAAUUCAGUUCAUGACAUCGCUAACGGCAUCCCAUCAAUGCAGUUUGAUCUUCAUCCCAGGUUCGAUGACCAUCGUUGAGAAAUGGGCGGCCCCAAGGAGGCCCAUUUUGCGCCGUUUCGUCUCGUUCGCAACUCCUUCCGUUCUUUCUCGCUUUCGUUGUCAUUCUUUCCGGCCUUCAUUUUUCCACUGACCGGCCGCGAGUUAUACCUUAGCUGGUUCUAAUACUUUUCCUGCAUCGCAUCUUGGACGCCAUCACGCCAGACGACCUCUCUAUCCUUGUGCCAAAUUACAGGCACCUAGUCUCCGCCGACUCGAAAGCGAGAAGAUAGCUGUUCUCACUUCCACGAUGUCGACGCCAACGCUCUCCUCGGCAUCGGACGUUUUCCUCAUCAACCAGGAUGCGGCAUUCGCCACUCGAUACCUGACUCUUAUUGGCCUCGCGCUGCUCUUUCAAGAUCACGUCCUUUCGUUCAGAGACGAAGUUCGACUGAUUUGGAGAGCCUCCGCGUCUUUCGCCAAGUAUGCAUUUCUGGUAAAUCGCUAUCUUGUACUCGGCUGCCUAGUGGCAGUGGCAGUUGAGCUGUGUGGGUUCUCUGGAGUACAAUGGUCGGAUCGCGCAUGCCAACAGUUUCUGUUCGCGGUUUCGACACUUGCAAUAUGUUCGAUCGGUCUGGCCAACUUGCUUGUUCUCAUGCGAGUUUGCUUGCUUUGGGAGAACAAUAAGGCGGCUGCGCGUCUGCUCACGUUCGGUUAUGUCACUUCAUUCUCAGCGCAAUUUGGAACUCUGCUUGCGGCCCUUGUUCGUGUCACACCUGGGAUACGAUGGACGCCGGAGUUUCGAAUGUGCGUUCUGACAUCGACAUCAAAGCUUCUGGUUGCGGCAUGGGCGUCUCCGAUGUUGUUCGAGCUACUGGUCCUCACAUCGACAUGCUUAAACGCUUGGUCACGACCACGUAGCGCGCAUGAACCUCUCGUGCGCGCGCUUCACAGAGACGGCAUUACUUACUUCGUGGCCUUGACCUGUCUACGUGGAGUGAACCUUGGUCUCGCCGCCACCCUCGAUCCCAAACUUGCUAUGCUAACCGUCUUUAUCGUUUGGUCCUUGGUUACGCUCACGCUCAACCGAUCCCUCCUUCGUCUACGCCGUGCGGAAGUGGAAAAUGAUGAUAUUCAUCGGAGAGCGGAGACUCCUUUCGGGAACCGAGCUGCCGAAGGACUGUUUUCGGUGGCUCUCCCAUCCCGUCAUGCGGGUCGCCUGACUCCGGUCAAUAGCCGGACAGAAUCGGGCCUCGAGCCGGGCAAGCCAAGUCGCCACAGCGACUAUGAAGGCGGCUUGGAUGAUAGGGCGAUCACCCUUGAGUUCGACGUUCGCAAGACAGUUGACAGGCGGUGAUCAAGACGUUCAUGGCAAGGCCGCCGCGCCUGCAAGUUGAUGGUGCAUGAUACCUCCAUAUGUGUUUGUUUUCGCCCAGCACUAGAUCACCCUUUCGCGCAGAUGGACCAUUCAUUUCACGGACAGUCGUACUUUGAACCUCUUGCAAAUUUGCAGUAAUGUCGUUACUACCGUAAUUCCUUGCGAUACGUCAGGGAAG